GUAGCGUCUUGCGCGUUUCGAAUGGUGAUCUUGGAGGUUUGUUUUGGACACAAUUUAAUCGAAUAAAUCUGCUGGAUUUUCAUAAAUGGCGCUAGAACAAGAUGCAACUUAUUACACCAAAAUGCAUUUUUAGUAAUAUUGUUAUUAUAAAAGUCGGACUGCGCGGAGUUGGUCUGUGGGAAACCUCUCGCCUUUGACAACAAUCUCCGACCGAUCUUAAGUCACUGCGACAAGACUACGAGACAUCUCAAAGAUUGCAGCAUGCUCGGACACUACUCGGAAGUCCGGGCUUACGUCAACCGAGACGAUGAAGUCCUCCAGCAUGCGGACGUGUUCUUGGACCUGGACGACGAUCCCGUCAGCAAAGAAGCGAUUCAGCACGACUGGAGCGGCAUGCUGUUCUCCCAGGAGGAAAAUCCCUUCGUCGACGAGGAUAACGACUUCAUUCUCAUUGCUGAGUGCAACGAAGUUCAUGGCCCGAUGCCGCUGGUCACCAUACCUCAUGAUGUGGGGGAGAGAAUGGAGCACAUUGACAUCAACUCCCUCGUAAUUAGCAUCCUCUCGGUUGACUACCAGCAAGUAGGAGCCUCUUCGACAUUCCCGAAGCUCGACAGCCAAAUGCUGAUGCCAAGCAUACGAGACAACCUUCAUAUUUUUGUCAACUACUCAGUCAUGCUCGACCCCAAGGCAAGAGGAUUUGUACGGCCCAUGUGCAUUGCCUACGCAUCCUCCGACAAAGGCAAACUUGUCAAGAAUGCACCCUACAUCAGGACUGCUCUGAUUGAGGCAUCCUUGGCUCUGAAACUCUACAACAUCAAGUACUUUGUACAAGGUAUCAAGAAUCUCUUGAAGGAUGUCAAGUACACGAGGAGAGAAGUCACUGUUGGCCGUGGACCCUGCAUGGACAUGGUGAAUGGUGCUGCCAUCUCUGAAGCCAGCUUCCAUGAGUCGCUCAACAAGUAUGAGGACAUGCUCGAGGCCACCUUGCAGGAAGUAGAAGACUCCCUCAAUGCAAACAUUCCCUUCAGUACUGAGCAGGCCCGGCGCAUCAAGCAUCAGGCCAAGGACUUGGUGCGGCACUUGCGCAGCCUGCCAAAGCUCGUGGCCGAGUUGGACCAGUUUCUCCAGUUCGCCACUCAACAAGCUCCCGCACACGAGCCGAGAGAACUGAAGGUGCCCUUUCAGCGGGACUAUGAAGAGGGACUGGUGCCGCUCCGAGAUAUCUGGAAAAAGGGCUUUGUCCUGUGUAUCUACUGGCUCUACGUCACAUACAAGUUUUUCAGAAGAAGAGCUGAAAACCUUGCAAUGAGUUUACUUCAAGAGAAACCACUUUCCUGCUUGCGGUAUGGUGCUUGUCGCAGGGUCACAGAAUCCGUAAGAUCGUCAAUGUCUAACCUAGUCACAAGCAGCAAUGCGUUCUGUCAUGAGAAGCCUUCGAGGUCUAGUCAUUCCCCCUGUCUCUACUACCGUCUCGGCUGGCCAGAGUUUCUUCCCUUUGAAGAAAGUCCCUCCAGGGGCAACUGGGAGGUGGACAGCGGAUUCUUUGAGUGCUUCUACCACAUGGGAAUAAGUGCAGGUGAACGACCGAGCGAAUCCAGAUGUGGUCUGCACAGUUCAAGUACUAUGCCACUUCCUGAGGCCAUACAGAGUAGGCUUGGCACGGAGCACAGGAGGAGUAAUUCUGAAAGGCACUUGGAUGCAACAGAAACUCACUGCAAGGUGAAAACUAACAAGCAGUUGUCGAGACGAAGAAGGGGCAGCGGGAGCAGCACAAAUAGUGAUGAAUCUGGAAAGGUGCGGGACAGGGAAGGCAGUUUGUGUGAAAGAAGCUACUGGAGGAGAGACGGAGCAAGUGUCGAGCCAGAGGACUGCACGUGGCACGGAGUAACGCUGGAGAAACUCUGGGAUGCAAUCAGCCUGUCCGCCUGCGAUGGUUCCGAGUCCACCUUCUUGGAGAUCUUGCACAGGCACGUCAAGGUGGAAGACCUGCUUUACUCGCUGCUGACUGGCCGGCCCAUAGUUGUGGUGGGGACGGCAUGUCACAGGAAAGAAGUGGAGGUGACCGCGAGGCUUCUUGCACUCUUCGCCCCCCGCAAGUUUGGUGAUGAGCUCUGGUUUGAAGACGACCGGACAGAUGUACCAGACAGUGCCUCACUGAGUGCAACCGCCACAAUCGGCUUUGUAGAAGAGCGGCGGACCAAGGACUCUGGUAUUUCCUCUUCUAUAAAGAAAAAGGCCUCUGUGUUCAGUGUGGAGUCUGGAGACUUCCUAGGUCCUUCUUACAGUGGUUCUUUACUGAAACAAGCGAGCCAAAGGAUACGACUACUAGAUGAAAGUGAAGCUCUGCUUGCGGUCAUUGGGAGCAUCCUCUCCGACAUAGAGUACACUGCACACACCUGGAUCCUGUUAUCGAGCUGUGGGCGCAAGGCAGACUCCAAGGCCUUUUCCAAACAGAAGCAGCUCAGCAACUGUGACAUGGCCAUCUUAAAGCAUUAUGAAAAGCUUAUGGGAGAUCUUCAUGUCAAGAAAUAAGACAGCACCUAUCAUUCUUUCUUGCCUACACAGAAGUAUGAUGUACAAAACAGAAUCAAUUCUGACUGUGAUAAUGAAAAUUUGAGUGCUCACUAGUGCAAUGACCUGGCUCUUACUGUCAGCAGCUGAUGCUGCAAUGAUUUUUAUUAAACCUGUUCUAGGGAAA